CACCCAAAAGUCUGUGGCAUCCUUGUCUCUGUGCAUAAGGUCUUCAAAAGGGAUUGUGCAAUUGGCCACAAAGUCAUCUGGAGGGUCGAAUGUCUUGGGCUUGGUGCUGGAACGGUCUAGAUGGUGCUCGUCGGCAUCUAUCGACACGUACGGAUCUAUCGGCUGGUCGUCUGCAACCAUACCCCGUAUUUACAUAUUAACACCAACACCCAUCUCGAUGACGCAUGACGCCAAGAUACAAACAAACAGGCAGAAGUUAUUGAAAUUAGUAAAUAUUUUGACAAAAUCAGUAACUAACAACAAUGGGUUUCCUCACGAUAUUGAAGAAAUUACGACAAAAAGAGAAAGAAAUGAGAAUCCUCAUGUUAGGUUUAGAUAAUGCCGGCAAGACUACAAUAUUAAAACGGUUCAAUGGUGAGCCCAUCGACACUAUAUCUCCAACGUUGGGCUUCAACAUAAAGACACUUGAACAUCGUGGAUACAAGCUCAACAUUUGGGAUGUCGGAGGACAAAAAUCAUUGAGGUCAUAUUGGAAGAACUACUUUGAAAGUACAGAUGGUGUGGCCUGGGUGGUGGACAGUGCAGACGCGCGACGUCUGUGGGACUGUGCUCGUGAGCUUCACUCUCUGCUCCGUGAGGAGAGGCUGGCUGGAGCCACUCUGCUUGUGCUAGCUAACAAGUCUGACCUCCCUGGAGCACUCACAUUACAAGAAAUUAGAGAAGCUUUGGAUCUAGAUAGCAUUAAAACCCACCACUGGCGCAUUGUGCGCUGUUCUGCCGUGACAGGAGAGAACCUGCUGGAAGGCAUGGACUGGAUGCUCGACGACAUAGCUUCUAGGAUCUUCACACUUGAUUAGUAUGUCCUAAUAUUUAUGUAUGUAUAGGAAGCUAGGAAUGAGGUUGCUUUAGUUUUUUACCUUUACAUCAUGUAAUAUUGAAAGGUGGAUGUGGAACACUUGCUAUUAAAAUUGAGUGGUACCUACAGUCCUAUGAAAAUAAUAUUAGACUCAAUAGUUUCUUGGAAUUAUGUUAAUUUUUUUUAAUAUUAGCAAGAGAAUAUUGAGUACUUUUUAAUCUCUAUUUAUAAUAAAUUGAUAAUGCUUGAUUGCUUGCUAAGUUUUUCUCAUUCCAAAUAAUAGCACAUGCUUCCUCGUGUAAUGCAAAUAAAACUGUGAUGUUUUUGUAAAUUAUUAAGUUUAUAUAAUAUAAUAAUUAACUUUUUUAACAAACCCAUUGUUUUAUUUCAUGCCUAAUAGGUACUAGUCAGUACUAGACAUUGCAUUAUAUGAGUAUCAUGUAAUGGAAUAAAUGAUAGCAAGUAUCAUGUAAUCCAAUGUCUAGCCGUUACUGUUGGAACUGUAAAAUAUUUGUAUCUCUAUUCACUAUAAUAGACACUAUAUGAUAAAUGUCCUAGGUUACACUGCUAUAUCAAAACUUGAUAACUUCUUCUGGCAGUAACUGAUGAGAUGUCACCAGACACCUCCAAGCUAUCACCAACUUAAUGCAACUCACUCAGGACAUAAUGUUGACUUGAUGCACAAUGGUACUUAUAUCAAGCUAUGGAACAAGUUAGAUUGCAGUACAUAUACACGGACGGGUACAUAUUAACUGUCUAGUCUGGCACAGGCUUUGGUGUUAUAGUUAUAUAUAAUUUUCUUAAUUUCAUACUCAAGAUCAGUGUGUUCUAUUUGAUUUGCGACAAAAUUCAUACUUAAUUACUAUAAUUUUAAAACCACACAUUCUAACAGAUACUUUAGUAUUAUUCAUGAAUAUUGGAAGUAGAGUAUCAUGAAUUAUCAGGCUAUUACAUACAACAAAUAACAAGUUACAGAACAAUAUUUUAAUAAAGUUGUACCAAUU